AUGUCACCUAAUGACUACAAAAAGCAAAGUGCUCCGUCGAACACUAAAGCAGAGUUGAUCCCUGGGAAUCUGUCUACUAUCGAGGUCAAAGAAGAAAGUUCUGAAGGUGUUGCGGCUUAUAAUAAACCACCGAUGACUUCUACUGUAAACCAAUCUCAUUUUAGUAGAGUAGCGUCCUAUGUCGGUUGGAAACAGAUAGGGGGGUGGGAGGAAGUUGACUCUCUAGGGGAAUAUGAUUCGCUAUUUGAGUUAAAUGAGGACACUUUCUUAGAUAAUAUUAUUCCUGAUAAAUUCUACGGUAAAUGGUACCAUCCAAUACUGCUCUUUAUAAUUGCUGGAUUUUCUUCAUUUCUUUUAGGGUACUUCAAAUUCUCGUUUGCACCAGUCUAUUUAAUUGCUGUUGCCGCAGCAUUGGUUUAUAGAGCAUUAAUUAAGGGUUAUAGGUCCAGUAUUAGGGAACUCAUCGAGAAGGAAUCAGCUGUUGAAAAAAUAGAAGACGAUUACGAAUCUGUCGAAUGGGCGAACUUGUUAUUCGUAAAGUAUUGGCCUAUUUUAGAACCAUCCUUGUCUCAGAAAAUAGUUACGCAGGUCAACGGACAGUUGGCUUCAAAUAUGUCUAUCCCAAAAUGGAUAAAGGCUAUAUGGAUUGACGAAUUCACAUUGGGAAUAAAACCUCCUAGGAUUGGGUAUGUAAAAACAUUACAAAAUACACAUUUAGAUGUCGUAGUUAUGGAUUGGAAUGUAUCCUUUACACCGCAUGACCAAGCUGAUAUGAAUGCAAGGCAAGUUAGAAAUUUCGUAAAUUCAAAAGUGCUACUGAAGAUCAAUGUAAUGGGGGUUAUACUACCAAUGACACUUUCUGACCUUGCAAUUGACAUAAAGGCAAGGUUAAAAUUUCAAUUGAUGGCAGCAUUACCUAUUAUAGAAACAAUCAAUAUUCAAUUAUUGAAAGUACCAAAUGUAGAUUUUAUUGCAUCAUUAUUUAAUAUAUCUGUUUUCAAUAUGGAUCUUCUGACUCUACCGGGUUUUCUAACUCUGGCAAACAAAAUGGCUUACAAAUAUAUGUCGGAAAUAUUGCUUCCUCCAUUUUCAUUACAAUUAAACUUACCACAGUUACUCUCUGGUUCGGCAACCUCUAUUGGUAUUCUGGAAAUUAAUGUUAAAGCUGUGAAAGGCUUCAAGAGAAAUUUUGGCGAGCUCUUAGGAAAACCAGGGCAUCCAUAUGUCUCAUUUCUUUUUUCGAACCGAGUCAUAGCUAAAACAUCAGCUUCUAAAGAUCCAAAUAGCCCAAUAUGGCACGAAGUCGUCCAUAUACCGAUCAAAUCAUUUACAGAACCAUUAUCAGUCAUACUUUUUGACAAACACAAAACAUUGAAAGAUAAAAAUUUAGGUGGCAUUGAAUUCAAUUUAAAUUCUUUACGUCAUCGACCUCAUCAGAAACGUUUAAAGAGUCCCAUUUUGAAAAACUCUAAAUCUAUUGGGUAUUUACACUUUGAUUUACAUUUCCGUCCAGUCUUAGAACAAAAGAAGUUGCCAAACGGGAAGGUUGAAGAAAUCCCUGAUUUAAAUACUGGGUUAGCAAAGAUAGUUAUCCAAGAAAGUAGGUUAAUCAACGAAAUUGAGAAAAAGUUCGAUACAUACGUUGAGCUCUACAUCAAUGCCAAGAAGGUCUUCACUACAAAGAAGGUAUCUGGUGUGGAUAAUUGGCGAUGGAAAUCACAGUAUGAGUCCAUCAUUCUUGAUAGAAGUAUGACUAGAUGCAAGUUUGUUAUCAAAGAUAAAAAAAGUCAAAUUAUCUCUUCUUCGGUACAAAAUCUAAAUGCGUUAAUUGAUAGAACUAGUAUGAGUAAAGAUAUCAUACCUUUGAAAAACGGUGUGGGCGAUUUGAAAAUUAUGACAUACUGGAAACCGGUAGAGUUAGGUUUAUAUGGGAAGGGCACCAUAUAUACAGCACCAAUUGGUACUGUCCGUAUAUUGAUUAAUAAGGCAAAGUUCACCAAUAAUGUGGAUAAAAUAAUGGAGGUUAAUCCUUACACGAGAGUUCUAACUAAUGAUCUGGAGAUUGGUAGAACAAAUGAGCUGUUAAAUGAAUUAAACCCAAUAUGGAAUCAAGCAAUAUAUGUGGCAAUUACUUCGCCUAAUCAAAAGAUACUUCUUGAAUGUAUGGAUUCUAGGUUGAUUGGGGGAGAUCGUUCAUUGGGGCAAUUAGAAAUAUCACCACGUGGACUACUACGAAAAGGGGAUGAUGACAGAUACGAAGAGUUCAUUAAUGAAAAUGCUAUAAGCUCACAAUUAACUACUCGUAAAGGGCUUAGUGGGGAAAUUACAUACUAUAUUUCCUUUUAUCCGUCAUUACCGAUUUUAACUCGCGAAGAAAUCGAAGAUCUUGAGAAAGUGAGGGAAAGGAGAAGACAGUUGUUGCAAAAGAAAGCAUCACUUGAUCCUCUAACCGAAUCCAAGGAACUAAAGGAAAGAAUAUUGGAUGAAGAGUGUGAAAUCCAUGAAUUAGAAGAUAUAUUCAGUAAUAAGAUGAAAUUGGAUUUAAAUGAAUUGAUACAAUAUCCUUCAGGAAUCUUAACCAUUUCUGUUCAAGGCGGUGAAUUACCAUUCCCCGGUCUUUAUGUGCAAACAUUUUUGGAUUCACUUGGUCAUGCCAGUAUAAUCAGUCCGAAAUGUUCCAUCAGAACUAUUAAAACAGGUUGGAUAGGUGAAGCAACGAUCAAAGAACUAGAAUGGUCUGUUACAACAUUCAAAGUUGUUAAAAAUAAAAGUCUAAACAAAGCUGAAGUGGGUAUUAGUGAAUUUGUAAUUCCUACUAUUGAAUUGAUAAACAAUUGUUAUAGAGAACCAUGUAUAUUGAAUCUUUCAGGGAUAUCAACUGCCAAAUUGAUGGUCCAAGUGUCAUACUUCCCAUUGCAUGUUACGAAGUUACCACUUUCAGAUUUAAUAACGAAUACCGGUGAUUUGACUAUUACUAUUAAGGGAGCUAAUGACCUGAUAGCAGGUGACAGGAAUGGAUAUUCUGAUCCUUAUGUCAAAUUAUAUCUGAAUAAUAAUGAAAAAUCAUUUUUCAAGACCAAAAUUUCGAAAAAGACAUUGAAUCCAGUUUGGAAUGAGUCCACAACAUUACAAAUCAAUGACCGAGUCAAUACAUUUAUAAAGUUCAAAGUUGUAGAUUGGGAUGGCGCACUUUCGAAUGAUCUAUUAGGAUGGGCAAUGUUGCCCCUAUCUCAGAUUGAUCCAGCAGCAUUGACGAAAUUAGAAGUUCCAAUUGUUACUGAAAAAGAAGACAAAGGUGGUUUCUUACAACUUGAAUUCACCUUUAGCCCACGAUAUACUUUAGGGGUUCAAAAACGAUCUAAGAAUAAUAUUGGAGAUCUUGCUCAGAAGGGUAUCGAUACUGGGAUAAGGGCAGGUACUACUGUUCUGAAUACAAGUGUGGUAACGAUCGGUAAGAUGAUGGAUGAAGGACAAGUAAGGUUGAGAACCGGUAUUGUGAAAGGUGUCGAAAAGAAGCUUACUGGCUCAGUACAUUUCUGA